GAACUUUAUUUUUUGUUUUUUGCAAAAAAAAAAAAAAAAAAAAAAAAAGAAAAUCAAAGGAAAAGAUUGUUGGGUGGAAGGAAGGAAGAAGAGAUCUUGAUUGAUUUCAUCUCUCUGAUCAAUUCAUUCACUUCUUCCCAUUUCACCAAAAAUGUUGGGAGCUUUGCAAUUGGGUAUCAUGGCUGCCUUCGUGGUGGUUCUGGUUCCCAUGGGCAUGGCCGGAUGGCAUCUCAGUCGUAACAAGAUGCUCUUCUUCAGUGGAGCCCUUUUCAUAACUCUCGCCAUUGGUGUUCACCUCACUCCUUACUUCCCUUCCGUCACCGACUUCGUCUCCUCCGUCUCUUCCGUCGUCAUCUUCGACACCCGACACUCAUGUCUCUCUCUUCUCCACGACGUCCUUUGGAAUGUCACACACACUCAUCCCAACACUUCCCAAUACCAAAAGUCUUGGACUUGGUCCUCCCACGACGACGUUUCCGCCUGUGACUUUCGGAAACUCACCCGAUCCGACGCUUCGGAUCUCCUAAACGGGUCGUGGGUUGUAGUCGCCGGUGACUCACAGUCACGAUUCUUCGCCCUAUCGCUUUUGGGUUUGGUAAUGAAACCCCAAGCUGUUGAGUCCGUGAAAAGUGAUCUCUUUAAGAGGCAUAGCGAUUAUCGAACUGUGGUUGAUGAGAUUGGGAUGAGAUUGGAUUUCGUAUGGGCUCCGUACGAAUCCAAUUUGACCGAUUUGGUUACGGCAUUCAAGCGAAAUAGAAACUCUCCCGAUGUUUUGAUCAUGGGUUCAGGGCUAUGGCAUAUGCUUAGGGUUACGAACGAAUCGGAUUACGGGGUUUCGUUACAGGUGUUGAGAGACUCAGUGGUUUCGUUACUGCCAUUUUCACCGGAGCUCGUAACCGAAGGACCCGUGAGUGGGUCCGUUUCGGUUAGAUCGCCGCACCUUUUCUGGAUUGGAAUGCCGACAUUGAUUAACUCGAUGUUGAAUACGGAGGAGAAGAGGGUUAAAAUGACUGAUGAAAUGAGAAGGGGUUAUGAUACUGAGUUAUGGAAAAGUAAGAUUUUGAGACAAUCUGGAGGACCCCUUUUGAUGAUUGAUAUGGCAUCAUUGAGUUGGAGUUGUGGAGUUAGGUGUACGAUCGAUGGUAUGCAUUAUGAUUUGCCUGUUUAUGAAGCUGCACUUCAAAUCAUGUUAAAUGCAUUGCUCAUUGAAUCUCAUCAGAAGCUCUGAACAAGAACACUCAUAAUAGAGUUCUUCAUAUUCAUACCAACAUGUUAUGAUUCAUUCAAAGUUUUCUACUUACUUGAGAGUGAUAAUUGGAGCCCUGUGGUUGCUUCAAAUAUUUAAGGUCUUCUCAUGUUUCAUGGUCUUUUGCACAUAACUUCCAUCUUGCUUAAUUCAAGAAUAGAAUUUUGACCUUGGACAAAAUGACAACAAAGAGAGGAAAGCACUCCCAGCCUUUAUGGCCUUCCCUUGUGAUGAAAAAAUGGUUAAGUAUUCAGCCUAAGGUGUAUGAAUAUAGUGAAGAAGAGGUUGACACAGAAACUGAGAGUGAAGAUGAUGCUUGCUCACUUAAUGAUGCUAGAAUGCACAGAUGCAAGACUCUUGCCAGUAGGACGCCACGGAAUCAACCUGUUUCGAGUCAAACUUCAGGCAAGCACUGUAUUUGUUGUAGAUUAGUUCUGUUAGGAUUUAGGUUCUAUGCUUGCAUAUUUGGUAUCGUGUUUGCCAUGGCAAGAAGUUUGUGCCUUUGAUCACUAAUAUUUGAUCUUUUUAAGCUUUUAGUUAGAAGAUCAUUCAUAACUAUUUGAUUUUAAAGUAUGUUCGUUUCGCUUUCAGUGUGAAAUAGACAAUUUGAACACUACACUCUCCAUAUUAUAAAUUAUUUUAAAUUUCUCUAAACUUAGAGAAAUAUUUUAGAUAA